AAGGGGAAGGAGUGGUGUCCGAUUCCUUCACACCAUACCAAAGCAACGAAAAAAGCUAUCUGGGGUUUGUUCAUCUCCAAAAUUCCUCACUCCAAAUCCAAAUACUUGCCAGCCACAUAUUAGCCAUAUAUCUAUGGCGGGGUCCAAAAUAGUGUUUCGUGAGUACACAAGUGAUGACUCAUUCACAAAGCUAACUGACAUCCCUAAAGAUGUGAGUGAAAUCCAAGUAGCUCUGACCUUUGCCAGAGACUAUGAUGGGGUGGGGUCAACCCAAGGAAAGUUCAUACCUUACUGGGACACAGCAAUAGUGAAUCCCGAUGUGAUAGCCAAUUUCAAGAGCAAGUAUCCCUCUGCCAAAGUGUUGGUUAGCAUUGGGAACAACAAGAGGCACUUCCCCUUCAAAAUUGAUGAGGAUAGAGUAACAGCAUGGAUUAAUGCUGCCACUGAAUCGCUCACACGCAUCAUCAAGGAGUACAACCUUGAUGGAAUUGAUGUUUACUAUGAGGACAUUGAGGUCAGCAACCCGGCUAUCUUUGUUCAUUGCAUUGGGGAACUUAUAAAGACCCUAAAGCUCAACAAAGUCAUCACUAGGGCUUCCAUAUCUCCAAAUAUUGAAAUCAAUGACAACUUCUACCGGUCCUUGCACCAAAAUUUUGAAGAUCAUAUUGAUUAUGUUAAUCUUUUUCUCUCAGUGGUGGAGAAUCUUACAGGCAACACUAACCAAGAAGAGGUGUUGGAGAAACUUAAACCCACAUUCAACCAAUAUCCCCCCACUAAACGUUUGCUUGGCUACAGCAGCAUCCCCCCACCACCCAUCUUCUUUGUCGUUAGCAAAAUUCUUCUGUCUCACAGUUUCAUUAAUGGCAUAUCACUUAAGGUUACUAGUUUCUCAAUCACCUACUUUCCCCCACAGUGGAUCCUUGACCUCCUCCAGUCUCCCUUAGCCAUACUGGGAUCAUGCAAAUGCAAUCUUUAAAAAAUGAGCUUGACUCACUGAAGUCAACAAAUUAAUUACACUUCUAUAUGGGUCGUGAUAAUACGCACGCUAGCUAGCUAGUAAGACUAUAUAUAUAUAUAUAUAUAUAUAUAUAUAUAUAUGUAUGUAUAUAUAUAUGCUAGUCUACGUUAUCAGUUAUGUAUGUUUCUGUGUGUGUUCCAUAUAUCUUGCAAGGCAACUGCAAGCUGGCAGAUCGACAUAUCUUUUCUUUUUUUCAUGGUACUGCAUUGUACGUGUUUGUUUGAAAAAAAUAAUAUAUGCAUGCGUGUUGUGUUAAUUA